CGCUUAGUCCAGUGCUCUGCACACAGUAAGCGCUCAAUAAAUACGAUUGAUUGAUUGAUGGUGGGGGCGGAGCGGAGCUAGUAGGGGAAGCUGGGGGCGGGCCAGCCGUGGACAGUUUCGGUUUCACCGCCCUCGGUGCUGGGAGCGGUCUCUCGUCCCGUCCCACCCGGGGCCUUCAGAUGUCUCGGCCCGAGCAGGGGGCGCGAUGAAGGAGUCCGGGCUGCCCCCGAGGGAUGCCACGGUGUCCGGCAAGAGGCGAGGGUGGGGCCUGGGCCGGACCCCGGCCUCCGGCAGCUACGGCACCAUCAACCCGGCCACCUGCGUCACCUGCCCCUCCUGCCACGGGGCCGGCACCAUCCCUCGCGAGCUGGAGAAGCAACUGGUGGCCCUAGUUCCCUAUGGAGACCAGAGGCUGAAGCCCCGACACACGAAGCGGUAUGUGUCCUUGGCCAUGCUGGGCUGCCUGCUCCUGGCGGGCCUCACCUUCUUCUUCCUCUGUCCGCGCUCCAUCCAAGUGCAGCUGAGCGGGCUGACCGUGUCCGCCUCGGCCGGGGCCGGAGCCGUCAUCCUCAACGUGACGAAAACCCUCGAGAUCGCCAACGGCAACUUGUACCCGGCGGUGGUGACCGCGCUGUACCUGGAGGCCCUGCACCUGCAGCUGGUGGUGGGCCAGCACACGGACCGGCGCCCCCUUUAUAUCGGGCCCCUCGGCCGCGCCCAGAAGAAUUUCACGGUGGUCAGCGAGAUAACGGACAAUAAUACCUGCAACAUCUGCUCCUGGACGAAGAUCAAGGUCCACCACGUGCUGCUGUUCUUCCAGGGCAACGUGACCUGCAGCUCAAUGGGCCGGGCUCAGCAAGUGGCUUUCGAGGGCACCCAGUACGUGGACUGCCGGGGCCAUGCCCCCACCCCCCAGAGACUCUGGGACCCCCCCUCCCCACAAAACGACACCGGACACCUCUCCUCUCGGGGACCCCUGACCGCCCCGUCCCCCCAACACCUCCAGACCGCCUUGCCCUGAGGGCCCGAGGGCGCACAAACUCUUCUUCCCGGACUGAGCUGGCCAGGGGCUGGGCCACAUGUGAGCACACGUGAUGUUGUUGAGUGCUCCGCAUCGGCCAGAGCAGUGUCUGCCCAGGAGUUGUCCGUGCGUGAGCCGGGUGAUGUUAGGCGGGGGAGCGGAGAAUCAAGGCUUAAGGUGACCUCCCCCCGCCCACCCCAGCGCUUUCCUGCGGUGAACACCCUGACCUCCCGCCCCAAUAAACCCUUCGCCGGCCCGCUCCUGCGGGGAGAGUCACGUGUGUCCCUGGCAAAAUCGGUGGCGGGGGAGAAAGAGGAGGAGGAGGAGGAGGCGGUGGUAGCUCGUGAUCGUGAGCUGCGCCAGCGCCCUGCCCCCUUUCCGGCCGGAGAUGGGCUGGUUCCUGCUGAC